CAAAAAUAAUAAAAUAAAGAGGAUAAUGUGUAUGAACCACAUAAAAGCAGUGCUUUAAACAAAAAGAGAAAAAUCAUAAAAAAGAAAGGAGAAAAUGGCAUUAUCACGCUGCUUUUAUACAUGCAAAACUGCAUGCUUUCACCAGAUAUGUCUGACGCAAUCUUCCGGUGACCGGAAAGAUAGUUUUGAUCAAGAGACGGCUAGCCGGCGGGAACGGUCUCCGGCGGCGCAAUUUUCCCCGCUAGAAAUGACUUUUAGGAGGCGGCUCUCAUUGGGUGUUGGCUCUGCUUCUUUGGUUGUUGUUGGUGCAAAUUUUUUGGGAGUUACUAGUUUUCUCUUGGGGUUGUCCCCAGAAACUAGUCGUAAUCUCAAGUUUGAUGUCGUUUAUCCUAUCGGUGGCUACAAUAGGUGCUUGGACACAAAUGAAGGAUUUGAAACGACAGAAUUCAUAUACCCUGCAAAUUGGGUUGGAGAUCAGAGGCUGUUAUAUAGAGCAGCAGAGAGAAAAGAGUUGGAAAGGUCACUUGAUCCUCCUUCAUUGAAUGAUAGUCGAAGACGUAGCAAUGUUAAUGAGCCUGUUGUUGCAUUUGGGCCUCCUGGUACCAGCGGAGAGCUUAAUGUUAGCGUUAUUGUUUCACCAGUUUCUCUUGAUUUCAAAAUUGAGGCAUUUGGAGGACCGCAGGAGGUUGGAGAAACGAUAGUUAGAACCAUCACAGGAACUGGGAAACGGCCUGAUGUGAAAGGAACUUUGGUAAAGUCAAAUUUGAGAGAGGAUUCUGUUAGAAAUGUAGCUUACUAUGAGCUCGAAUUCAGGGUCGAGAGUCCUUUGUUUCGCAGGCAUAAUGUUGCGGUUUGUUGCGUUCGCGGUGGUAGAUUGUUCACUCUAAACGCUCAGGCACCGGAAUCUGCUUGGCCAGAGGUGAAGUUAGACUUUCAGAGAAUUGCUGAAUCCUUUAAUCUCACCUCUUGAUACGAAGGAGAACUUUUUUUUAUUUAAUACUAGUCUGCCAUUUUGACUAAAACAUAACGGUUCUGAGUAAUUUUUCAUAAUUGUCAAAAUAUGGGUAUUACACACUGCAAAACAUGUUUCAGAAUGAAAAGAUUAUCCCAUGUAAACAAAAACAAAAACACAAAGAGGAGCAUAUUUUAUGAAGUAUAUAAAAUGAUUUGAGAGAUUGUUUUUCUUAA